AUGGGAUUUGAGUUGGAUCGUUUUAAAGGGGCCGUGGACCCAGAUUUCAAAUGCAACUUGUGCAAUAAAGUUUUGGAAGAUCCGCUCACAACUCCGUGUGGUCACGUCUUCUGCGCUGGCUGUGUUUUACCAUGGGUAGUACAGCAGAGCAGCUGCCCAGUGAAAUGCCAAAGGAUCUCCACUAAAGAACUGAAUCAUGUUCUCCCGCUGAAAAACCUGAUUCUGAAGUUAGACAUAAAGUGUGACAAUCAUGCUAGAGGCUGCGAGAAAGUGGUGAAGCUUCAGCAUCUGGCGGAGCACGCGGAGAUGUGCGAUUUCUCUCCGGCCAAAUGCAGGAAUAAGGGAUGCAACGAGGUGCUCAACCUGAAAGACAUGGAUGCCCACAUGCGCGAAACGUGUGACUACAGACCAAUCGGGAUAUGUGAAAAUGGAUGUGGUUUGAUGCUCACUCACAAAGAGCAAAAGCUUAACAGCCAUUGCUGUUUGAGAGCUCUGAAAGCGCACAACACGGCGCUGCAGGGAAAAGUGGUCAGCCUGGACAAGGAGUUUAAAAAGCAAGCUCUGAAAUCGAGUAAAAGAGAAAAAUCACUCUUGGCUCAACUCUCCACGGUUCACAACGAACUACAAAUGACAGCUCUGAAAUAUCAGAAGAAAUUCACUGAGUAUAGUGCUAGAAUUGACUCGCUGACCAAGACUCUUGCUCCUCCGUGUAAGGGUGGGGAGACCAAAGCAGUUACGGCGAUUCUCCAUCGGGAGUCUGGAUCUCUGGGCUUUAACAUUGUUGGUGGAAGACCAUGCGCAGACAACGAAGACGGGAGUUCGAAUGAAGGCAUCUUUGUGUCAAAGAUUGUGGAGAACGGACCAGCAGAUAAAGAAGGUGGUCUCCAGAUCCACGACAGGAUUAUGGAGGUAAAUGGGAAGGAUCUGUCCAAAGCCACGCAUGAGCAGGCGGUGGAGGCCUUCCGCAUGGCCAAGGAACCCAUCAUGGUGCAGGUUCUGCGUAGGGCUCCGCGACCCAAACCCGCCGGACCCUCCGGCGACGCCCAGGUGGUGGACACCAGCACCCAGACCGACAUCACCUUCCAACACAUCAUGGCCCUCAGCAAACUUCCCGCCCCCGCUACACCGGUGGCUGUGCUAGACCAAUACCUGCUGCCAGAGGAACACUCUCCUGGACAUGGUUAUUUCGACCCCAAUGAAUUCUUAGAGGGCAUGCAGCAGGAAAUGGAACGGGAAGAGCUGGAGUAUGAGGAAGUGGAUUUGUACAGAUCCAAUGUCCAAGAUAAGCUGGGACUCACCGUGUGCUACCGGACUGACGAUGAAGAUGAGACAGGAAUUUACGUGAGCGAGAUUGAUCCGAACAGCAUUGCAGCAAAGGACGGACGAAUCAGAGAGGGCGACAGGAUCAUUCAGAUCAAUGGUGUUGAGAUUCAGAAUAGGGAAGAUGCAGUGGCUCUGUUGACAAGUGAGGAAAAUCAGAACGUGUGUCUGCUAGUGGCACGGCCAGAGAUACAGUUGGAUGAGGGUUGGAUGGACGAUGACAGGAAUGACUUUUUGGAUGACUUACACAUGGACAUGUUGGAGCAGCAGCAUCACCAGGCCAUGCAGUUCACUGCCAGCAUGCUCCAACAGAAGAAACUGGAAGAAGACGGGGGCACGACGGACACGGCCACCCUUCUGUCCAACCAGCUGGAGAAGGACAGCGGGGUGGGCCGCACGGACGAAAGCACCCGGAACGACGAGAGCUCCGAGCAAGAGAACCUAGGGGACGACCAGACCACCGCCUCCAACACGCUGGGCAGCUGCCGCAAACUGACCUACAGCCAGGACACUCUGGGAAGCGGAGACCUUCCCUUCAGCAGCGAGUCCUUCAUCUCCGCCGACUACGCCGACGCCGAUUUCCUGGGCAUCCCGGCGGACGAGUGCGAGCGCUUCCGCGAGCUCCUGGAGCUGAAGUGUCAGGUGCGGAGCGGUCAGCAGCAGGGCCUGUACUGUUCCAGCGCAGGUGUUGGCGCAGGAGAAGAGGGAGUAGACAAGGAGCUGGAGCUCCUCAACGAGGAGCUGCGCACCAUCGAGUUGGAAUGCCUGAGCAUCGUUCGGGCGCAUAAGAUGCAGCAGUUGCGCGAACAGUGCCGCGAGUCUUGGAUGCUGCACAACAGCGGCUUCCGCAACUACAACACCAGCAUAGACGCACGCCGGCACGAGCUCUCUGACAUCACCGAGCUCCCGGAGAAAUCGGACAAGGACAGCUCCAGCGCCUACAACACCGGGGAGAGUUGCCGGAGCACCCCGCUCACUCUGGAACUUUCCCCGGACAACUCCCUGCGCAGAGGGGCUGAAAACCAGGCCGAAGCUGGUCCCAGCACCUCUGCCGGCCCCAGCGGGCGCAUCCUGAAACCCCUUCUGUCUCCCGUCCAGGAAGCCUGUGGGGCCAGCCGCGGCCGCCCAACCUCCUCUAAGGAGUCCGAGUCUAGCGUCCAAGCGGAGGGCAAGGAACGUAAACCCAGCCGCCUGACUCAGGGCCACUCCCCUUACAAGCAUGCCCAUAUUCCUGCCCAUGCCCAGCACUACCAGAGCUACAUGCAGCUGAUCCAACAGAAAUCUGCGGUGGAGUACGCCCAGAGCCAGAUGAGCCUGGCCAGCAUGUGUCGCGACCCCGUGACCUCCGGUGACCUCGAGCCCAAGAUGGAGUGGAAGGUGAAGAUCCGGAGCGACGGGACCCGUUACAUCACCAAGCGGCCCGUCCGGGACAAGCUCCUGAAGGAACGGGCCCUGAGGAUCCGGGAGGAGCGCAGCGGCAUGACCACGGACGACGACGCGGUCAGCGAGCUGAAAAUGGGCCGGUACUGGAGCAAGGAGGAACGCAAGCAGCACGUGGUGCGUGCCAAGGAGCAACGCCAGCGCAGGGAGUUUAUGAAGCAAAGUCGCAUGGACUGUCUGAAGGAACAAGGAUGUGGCGUGGAAGACAAAAAGGAGCUCAACAUUAUCGAACUGAGCCACAAAAAGAUGAUGAAAAAGAGGAACAAGAAAAUCUUUGACAACUGGAUGACUAUCCAGGAACUGCUAACCCAUGGUACAAAGUCUCCCGACGGCACUCGAGUGUACAACUCCCUACUCUCAGUGACCACGGUGUAG